AUUUUAAUAAUAAUUAUUAUUAUUAAGUAAAAAAUGGAUGAGAAAUAUAUUGUAAAAUCUAAACAAAAGUCAUUUGAGAUAUCGGACACACUGUCCGUAUCGGAGUUGAUGUCAAACAAAUUAAAUGCAUUGAACAGCAAUAACACAUGUAUUAUUGACGCCACGACUAACACAAAACUAACAGUCAAAGAGCUGAUCGACAAAUCCAAUGCUUUGGCAAUGGCUUUGAUCGCACAGGGAGUCAAUAAAUUUGAUAUUAUAUUGACUUUUGCCGAAAAUUGUAUUGAUUUGGUYGUGGCAUUCAUUGCAUCAACAUUUUUGGGAACAACUYUAUACCCGAUCAGUCCGAUCGCCAACUUUUAUGAAAUGAACACUUUGUUGGAAACAUUGGGUUCACUCGUUAUCUUCACAUCCAAACUAUUGGCUCCUGUAGUUGAAAAAGUAUUAAACGAUAAAACCAAAAAAAUUAACAUAAAGUCUAUUAUUCUUAUGAAUGGAGAUUACAAUAAUUAUACAAAUUUUGAUAGUUUGAUUACCGAUAAUUUAGGCAAAACAUUGCCAAAAAUACCGUACUUUGAUGUUAAUCCUAAAAAAGAUGCAUUUAUUUUGUUGCAAAGUUCUGGGACUACAGGUAUACCAAAAUCACUAGUUAUUACACACCGGGCAUACGCUAUAUCACAAAAUUUUAAUGUGUGGACACCGGGAGAAAAACCAGUGUUCGGACACAUAACACCUUUCGGGUGUGUCUCUGGUGCGGGAUUUUUGUUUGGAUUUUUAAGUUUAGGGGUUCCUAUAGUUAUCUACAGAUUAUUUAAUGAUGAGUUGAUACUUAAAUCAAUUGAAGAUUACAAAAUCACAUUUAUGUUUAUUGUGCCGGCAUUUGGACAUAAAUUGAUUGCCGGACCACUCGUUGAUAAAUAUGAUUUAUCGAGUCUCAAGUUUCUGGUUACCGGUGGAGCAGCUUUUUCAGCACAUGUAGCUAAAUCUAUCAUUAAAAAACAUGAUAUUAAAUUUCAAGAAGGAUAUGGUAUGACUGAAUUCGGAAUGUUAACCGAUUGGCUUAACAUAGAUCCCGAAAAUGAUGAAUAUAUUCCGGGAAAUUUAGGCCGACCUAUAGUUAACUCACAGAUGAAAGUUAUUGAUCUGAAAAAUGGACAUAAUUUGGGACCAAAUUCUAAGGGAGAGAUUUGUAUUCGUGGACCGCAAAUGUUUUCUUGUUAUCUCAAUAACAUUGAAGCCACUAAUGAAGCCAUUGAUAGUGACGGAUGGCUGCAUACGGGAGAUGUGGGACAUUACGAUCAAAGCGGAAGAUUUUUUAUCACCGAUCGACUUAAAGAACUAAUUAAAUACAACACUAAACAGGUCUCUCCAACAGAAGUCGAACAGUUCUUAAUGACCCAUAAAUGUGUGGCUGAAGUGGCAGUGGUUGGUGUCAGACAUGAAACACAAAACCAAUGGGUCAGAGCUUAUGUCAAAGUAAAAGACAAUAUGAAUGUCACUGAAGACGAAAUCAAGAAAUAUGUUUCCGAUAACAUGAAUGAYGCCAAACACUUGAGGGCUGGCGUUAUAUUUGUCGAUCACAUCCCUCGGACUACUGUCGGUAAAGUCGAUCGAAGAUAUUUCAAGAAAUUAAUUGCUAAUGAAAUUAUCAAAGAGACAUAUAAAUAUAUUAUUAGAUCUAAUAAGUCGUGUGUAAAGCCAUCAGAAAAUACUGUUUCCGAAUAUUUAUUCAAUGGUUUGACACGUAUUGAUGGACAACACAUUAGUAUUAUUGACGCAACCAGUCAUACAAAACUUAYGGCUAAAGAGUUAUUAGAAAAAUGUCAUUCACUUGCUAUGGCUUUGGUUGAGUUGGGAAUCAAGAAAUCAGAUAUUGUUUUGACUUUUGCUGAAAAUAGUAUCCAACACGUGAUCGCAUUGUUAGCCUCAAUAUUCUUAGGCGUAACGAUAUACCCGAUCAGUCCGAUCGCAAAUUUUUAUGAAUUGGACGGACUGUUGGAAACAUUGGACAGUGUUUGUGAAGGUUAUCAAUCAUUUGACAACUUAUUAGACUCUGGUCUCAACAAAAAGUUAUCUCAAAUACCGUACUUCAGUGUCGAUCCUAAGAAAGACACAUUCAUUUUAUUGCAAAGUUCCGGCACUACAGGUGUUCCCAAAUCAAUGAUGAUUUCAAACUUUGCUUUUACAAUGCAAAUCAAAUUAUUAGAAACACUAAAAAGUUUGACAACGUUUGCACAAAUAACACCUUUUGGUUGUAUAUCGGGAUCAAUGUUUUUAUACGGAUAUCUAACUCAUGGACUGUCGAUUGUCAUAUAUCGUCAAUAUAAUGAGGAACUCAUAUUUAGAUCGAUAGAAAAAUAUAAAAUUGAUGACAUUUUUUUAACACCAGUGUUUGCAAGUAAACUCGUUGACACCCAGUUUACUGAUAAGUAUGACUUAUCGAGUUUAAAGUUUGUCAAAAUUUCCGGAGCACCCAUACCAUCACAUAUAGGACAGGCUAUUGUCAAAAAAUACAAUGUCUUAUUAAAAGAGGGAUACGGUAUGACAGAGUUUGCACCGAUAACUGAUUGGUGGAACUUAGACAAUGAACAGUAUAUUCCCGGAUCAAUGGGAAGACCUGCUAUUAACGUAGAGAUUAAAAUUAUAGACAUAGAAAGUAAUAAGAGUUUGGGACCAGAAAAAGAUGGAGAAAUAUGUGUCAGAGGAAGACAAAUGUUUUUAGGAUAUCUCAACAAUAUUGAAGCCACUAAUGAAGCGAUCGAUAGUGACGGAUGGCUUCAUACAGGAGAUAUUGGACACUAUAGUGAAGAUAAUUUGCUUUUCAUCACCGAUCGACUCAAAGAAUUAAUCAAAUUUGAGACAAUUCCGGUGUCGCCCUUAGAAAUUGAACAGUUCUUAAUGACCCAUAAAUGUGUGGAUGAAGUGGCAGUGGUUGGUAUCAGACACGAGACACAGAAUCAAUGGAUCAGAGCUUAUGUCAAAGUCAAAGAUAAUAUGAGUGUCACUAAAGACGACAUUAAAAAAUAUGUUUCCGAUCACUUAAAUUAUGCCAAACAUUUGAGAGCUGGCGUAGUGUUUGUCGAUCACAUCCCAAGAACAACGAUUGGRAAAGUCGAUCGAAGAUAUUUCAAGAAACUAAUUGCUAAUGAAAUUAUUAAGUAA